AUGAAAAGCCUACUUUUAAUAUUUUCAUUAAUAAUAUUUAUAGAAAGCCAGGUUGUAACUUAUAAUUAGUUAGACUAUUUAAAUCCUAAGAACUCCUUCUUUAAGCUAUCAUUAUUUGAUAUAAACAAUAAAAGCAUCUAGGUUUAGAAUAUAGGAUAAAUUAUUUCAUGUAAGGUAGAUGGCGAUAAUAUGAGAGAUUUAGUUUUUUUAUAUGAAAAUAAGCUAUAUCUGAGUUAAGAUGUGGUUUAUAAUGCUUCUCUAAAUUAUACAUCAAUAAUAAGUGAAGGAGACUUCUCUUUAUUACAGGCUUUGGGUAUAGACUCUUACUAAAAUAUUUUUGGAUUUUCUAAAUUAGAUCGCAAAGGAUAUAUUUUCCAAAAUAAGUUUAAAAACAAUUUAGAUUAAUGGUAAAAGAUAGAAGUAUUUUCCAUUUAAGAUAUUGAGUAGCAACUAAAAAUCUCUCUAUCUAAUUUAAUUGAUGUAAGGCUAGAGUAACCUGUAAAAGGCAAUACUUAAUAUGCAAUUUUAGCAUAUGACCAAUAGACAAAAUAAUACUACAUUAUAAGAAAUCGUAUUACUUUACAACAUACAACUUAUGAGAUAAUUUACCAAGGAAGCUAAUAAGCUAAGAUUUUAUAUUUUAAUUUUUCACUAGACUAAUACUUCUAUAGCACAAAAAAUAUACUCUAUGAUAAGGAUGGCAAUAAAUAUGAUUUAGCUCAUUAAAUAUAAUAAGUAUUUUAAUAUAGAGAUAAUAAUUAUUAAUCAUUCGUGGUUAUAAUUGCUGAAAAUCCAUAUGUAAUUUUGAUUUCAAAGAAUGAUAAUGAUAAGCAGUAUUAAGUAAAAGAUACAACUCUUGAAUAUGCAAAUUAUUAUUAAAAUUAAGAUGCUGCUCUUAAUUUUUGUUUAGAAUUUUAAUUUUUUGAUUUCUUCGGGAAAGAAGCUAGGAAUUAUCUCUGCUAAAUGAAAAAUGCACUCAGAUUUAUUUUUGAAUUUCCAAUGCAAAAGAAUGAGGAGGGCAAUCAUAAAUUACUUUAUAGCGCCAUUGAUUUAGAUUUAUUUUCAAACGAGAAAUCAUUCAAUCAUACCAUUUUGUAUGAAAAUGAUUUAAUAAAACUUGAUCAUGGUAUAUUGGAAGGGUAAAUUUUUCUUAUAAACACUCCCAAAGGACUUUUUACUAUGUAAAAUACUCAACCUAACUUUGAUGAUUUAUGGAACACAAACUUUUGGUUUGAAUUAAUGACUUUAACUAUUUCUUUAAUUUUGUUGUUUGGAACUAUUCACUUUUAUCGCUUCGGUCAGAGAUCAUAUUCUGGUGAAACAAAGUAAAUUCAAUUAAAUAAAAACUAUGAGGCAGAUUAUGAAGAUGAUGAUGACGAUGAUGAUGACCUCAAUUUUGAUUUUCCUUCAAGAAAAAAUAAUAGAAAAACAACAAUUUGA